AUGGCCGACAACGAAGAUCUCACUCAAGUCGGCGAUUCGGCCGAAGCUGAUGUUGAUAUGGGAGGCGAAGAAGAAACAGCCGAAGCGCUUGAAGAUGAUGAUGCAGAAGAUGCCGCCGACAACAAUGACGCACCCGUGCGCAAUCCACAAACCAUUUUCCUUGAAUACUUAAAGUCUCCUAUCGUGAGACUAGCCGUUGGCUCCAAUGGAGAAGAAACCACGUUGACUGCUCACAAAGCCAUCAUCGAGCAGUCACCAUGGAUCAAAGAACGAGUCGCAACACAAGAUGAAGACGAUAUCGUGGUGGAGAUGCACGACGAGUCAUUGGAUGCGGUGGGUUGCUUCCUGCAGUAUCAAUACACAGGGGAAUACUUUCCCAGACGGCUGGCAAACAUUCCUGAUGGCUUGGAGCCCGACCCUUCGAUCCCCACUGUCGACGACACCGGCGAUCAACUCCUGAAACACGCACGAGUCUACACACUCGCUGAAAAGCUCGGCUUGCCUGAUCUCAAGACUCUGGCUCACUCAAAGAUUCAUCGCAUCAACUCCACCGCGGUGGGCGAGAUCGCAUAUGCUCGCUUUGUCUACGCCAACACUCCUACCGACGAUUACAUUAUACGGAAGCCCGUUGCCGCAUUCUGGGCCACUCGUUCUCACGUAUUGCGACACGAAGCCGAAGCCGAGUUCAAGGCCAUGUGUCUCGAGUUCCCUCAGUUUGGUUUCGACGUUCUCAGCUUGGUUCUGGAUCAGAGAGAAAAGCGAGCGCGCGAGCGCGAAGAGGACAGCACUCCUGGUGGUAAAGGAAGAAAGCGCAUGCGACCAAGUAUCAACAUCUAG